ACGACGACGACGACGACGUGUGCGUGCAAAUUUGUUUAUUCUAUUUGCAAAAUAAUAUAACUUAACAAUCUAUAAAACCAUGGCUUCGCAUCCGGUGUUUAUAGACCUAUCGUUAGAUGAACAGGUGCAAGAGCUGCGCAAGUAUUUUAAAAAGCUUGGCGCCGAAAUCUCAUCGGAGAAAUCGAAUAAAGGCGUGGAAGAUGAUUUGCAUAAAAUAAUCGGCGUCUGUGAAGUCUGCUUCAAAGACGGUGAACCAGCUCAGAUUGAUGGAAUUCUCAACAGCAUUGUGUCCAUUAUGAUAACGAUACCUCUGGAUCGUGGUGAGAACAUUGUGUUGGCCUAUUGCGAAAAGAUGACCAAGGCGCCCAACCAGCCGCUGGCAAAAGUGUGUCUGCAGUCGCUGUGGCGUUUAUUCAACAAUCUGGACACAGCCUCUCCAUUGCGCUACCAUGUCUACUAUCAUUUGGUGCAGGUGGCCAAGCAGUGCGAUCAGGUGCUAGAGGUGUUCACUGGCGUCGAUCAGCUAAAGUCGCAAUUUGCCAACUGCCCGCCGUCCAGUGAGCAGAUGCAAAAGUUGUACCGUCUGUUGCACGAUGUCACCAAGGACACCAAUCUGGAGCUGUCUUCUAAGGUCAUGAUUGAGCUGUUGGGCACCUAUACGGCAGACAAUGCGUGCGUUGCUCGUGAGGAUGCCAUGAAGUGCAUUGUCACCGCCCUGGCCGAUCCCAAUACAUUCCUGCUCGAUCCUUUGCUAUCGCUGAAACCCGUGCGCUUCCUGGAGGGUGAUCUGAUACACGACUUGUUGUCCAUCUUCGUGUCCGACAAGCUGCCCUCGUAUGUGCAGUUCUAUGAGGAUCACAAGGAGUUUGUCAACUCGCAGGGCCUGAACCACGAGCAGAACAUGAAGAAAAUGCGUCUGUUGACAUUUAUGCAGCUGGCCGAAAGCUAUCCUGAAAUGACUUUCGAUACGCUGACCAAGGAGUUGCAAAUCGGCGAGGAUGAAGUGGAGCCAUUUGUCAUCGAAGUGCUGAAGACAAAGCUGGUGCGUGCGCGUCUGGAUCAGGCCAAUCGCAAAGUUCACAUUUCCUCGACAAUGCAUCGCACCUUUGGUGCACCACAAUGGGAGCAGCUGCGCGAUCUGCUCCAGGCCUGGAAGGAGAACCUUAGCUCGGUGCGCGAGGGAUUGACGAAUGUAUCAUCUGCACAACUGGAUCUGGCACGCACGCAAAAGCUGAUACAUUAAGAAGAAAAUAAAAACAAAUACCUAAGUGACGUCAAGAACAAAUAAAAAGCGCGGGUAAAGUUUUACA